UGGCUAAAACAGUAUGAGAUAUCAGAAUCCUGAUGAGUGACUCAGACGGAAUCUUCUAUGAUGAAACCGUCCAGUCAGUCGAGAUUAAUAAAGAUUUUUCUCAAAAGGGUCUUGAAAAUGAUAAUAUACUCCACAACCUUAAAUCAAUCAUACCAAAAAUCAAAUAAAAAUAUUCCAGGCCAUUUGAAUGAUGAGAACGAGUAUUUAGUAUCCUACUUCUCAAAGAGCCUUAAUACCUUUAUCUACACUGGGCAGUACCCUGAGCUAGAUGUAAACAGCGCUCGGGUCACACACGAGGAUCUAGACCCUGAGCUCUGGAUAAAAUUUAGAAUAAAGUCAAUUCCUCUAGUUGACGAAGAAGCUCUCAAUGAGAAAUCAAGAAUGGAAAGAAAGGAUGUCCACAGAAGGACCAAGGAAAGGAAAAUAGGCGACGUCGUUACAAAAGUCAUCGAAUGGAGAAAGCUUUAUAAUAGUGGUGAGGAGUUCAAAGGAAAGAAGUACUCACUAGACACAGCAGCAAAGGCUGUGGGUAUGAGCAAGAAGUCUUUGGAUGAUUACUUACUCCAGAUUCGCAAUGCCAGAAAGUUUGGGUUCAAUUUUAAUGAGCACAAAGAUGAUAAGAUUGGUAUCUUAAGAGCAUUUAACAAGAAGUUUAAGAUUUAUUGAAAGAAGGGGAAGCCUGGCAGAAAGCCCAAGAGAAAAACCGAUUAA